AUGCAGUCAUGCGACGUUCAGGCCUACGAGGUUGUUUUCGGCACCUUAAAGACUUCACUUGAGACCAAGUUCGAGGGAGUCGGUGGCCUCUCAACCUCCACCACGUGGCACUUCGACUACGAGUCCGCAGCUAUCCAGGCUGUGAUGAACGUCUUCAAGACCACCGCGCGAUUUCCGAAGGUACGUGGCUGCGCAUUUCACUUUGCGAAAGCCAUUAACACCAAGCGCGACGAACUGGGGCUCAGGGCUCUUUGCCGUGACGACCCUGAGGUGAACAAAAGGUUCGUCCGAAUUCGUCACCUGCUUUUCGUUCCGGACCACUGCCGCGUGCUGUUUUCAAGUGACCUUCUUGCAGCGAAACCAAAUCUACCCCAGCUGAAUGCCGCUCGCCUGGACCAGUUCAUCCGGUACUUCAGGAACUUCUGGCUAUCCCAUAGCAUUAUCAGAGAGAUUUGGGGACAGUUUGGAAAUCGGGGUCCAAGGACGACGAACGUAGUUGAGGGGUGGCACAACGGCCUGCAUAGUCGCCUUUCAAGUCGCCAUCCCGACCUGACUGAAUUUAUUCAGUUCCUUCAGGUUGCGCAGCAUGCCGCACAGAAUCGAAUUCAAGCUCUUCUGCUUGAUCCGCUCGCUGUGGCAAGACCUACAUCAAGCUCCGUCUCGGCAAGAAACGAGAGGCUCCACGCAGAAAUGGAUGCCUUUGCCUCAUUCACCAGCGGCAAUGCUGCCACCUACCAGGACGUCUGCAAUUACGUGGACAGGAUCGCGAGCACUGGUGUGCUCCCAGCGGCUACUUAA